GCGCAGGCGACGGUGUGCAAAGAAGGACGUUAGUAUGGGUGGGCGGCAGGUGGUUUGCAGGUCUGCAGGGGGUGAGGGUGGUGGCCAACGAGCCGGGCAGAGCCCGUCUAGAGGUUCAAGGGCGGUGGAGCGGUCCGAGUACGCGCACCUGCCACCGCACUUGCAGCCUUUGCCGGACACAUCGGACGAGGAGGAGGACGAUAGACGUUCACAUGCCGUGCUGCUGGGAAGCGGGUCUACGCAGGAGUGGACGGCCACAGAGCUUUGUGGAAGCCGGGAGCCCAGUUACGGGCAGUCGUACACCCAGCUCCUCAAGCAGGGCCUGAGCGGCGACGAAGGAGAUGGAGGUGUGAAUCUGACGUUCGGUCUGUGCAGUGGGAGGUCGUCGUCUUCGAUGCGGACAGUGCUAGUCGACAACCGUCCCGAUGACGAUGGCAGCCACGUGACGGCUGUUGCACAACCGUCGAAGUCUCCAACGUCGUCGGUCCGCGUGGCGUCGGGGAACAACAGGGAUCCUCAUACGCAGCAAUACAGGGCGCCGUCUGCUUCAAGGGGUGCCUCGGCUCGCCCGUCGUGGAUGUUGUCCCCGUCUCCCCUGUCCGGCAAUUCGAGUGCGGCUCGCAAUCGGGGGGAAUGUGGGGAACAUGAUUGCGGGAUCGAGGAAAGAGGUGACAAAAGCGACGGGAGGGAGGUGUGGGAAGAACAGCGACGGAUGCUCCAUCCGCGAAGGCAAGAAUCCAUAACACGGGGCGUGCAGCGACUGCGAGUGGUGGACGACGAAAACGACGGCGACGCACCUGAUGUCGGCGGCAACGACGAGGACUUGAACGACGACGACUGCGGGGGUGGGGAGGACGACGCAGGUCAAGUGUCGCCAUCCAAGCAAAGCAGCAUAGGGGGGAAGGGCGGGAGGGUGAAGGCGUUUGUUCGCAACGGUCAGCGGGGGAAGAAGGCGAUGGGGAAGGGGAGUGACGUCGAAGCUGAGAAGUGGUUGGAUGUGGAGCAAAGGCUGAAGAAGGUGGGCGUGGAGAGGGAGGCAGAACGGUGCGGGAAGAAGUGGGAUAAUUUGAUGCAGCAGUUCAAGAAGGUGCACCACUUCCAAGGCUUGUCCGGGAAACAGGACUUCUUCAAGUUCACAGGGAAGGAGCGGUUGUCGAAGGGCUUCGGUUUCAACAUGGAUCGUGCGGUUUACGACGAGAUCCUGGGGUCGACUGCCAAGAGCCAUACCAUUAACCCCAAGAACGUCGCAGACACUGGUGCUCCGGGGGGUGUGCGUCUGCCGUCGGCGAAUUCUGGUGAUCCGGAGUCUGUCGGGGAUCGGGACGCUGCUGUAGGGCUGGACGACGACGACGACGGGUCGACGAGAGGUUCUUCUCAGACGACGGGAGGCCUUGCUGGCUUCGGCAAGAGGAAGAGCAUGAGGCAACAAACUUUCGACGCUCUGUCGGAAUGCAUGGAGAAGCACGGGGCUCUGGUGGCAUCGACGAUGGAAAGCAACAACAAACGGUAGUGUUCAAUCCAAAUCCGGCAGUGCGAGGCAUUGGAAGCG